AUGCGAAUACAAUCCAGCGGAGCUUCACUCCUUCUCUCGGCACUAGUUCCAAGUCUCGUAUCGGGGUAUAUCUUCGAUUGCGCGGACGUCAAGACGAAGGAGCAUACAUAUGAUCUCAGCGGACUGCGCGGGACUCAUGAGAUCGUGCACACGACCGGUAAUGGGACGGAGGGUCUCAUGACCAAUACGACAUAUGUGCUCAAUAUCUGCAAUAACCUCAAGGGAGCUGCGAAUCGCCCUGAGGGUAAAUGCGGGACAACCAAGAACAUUUGCGGUUUCACAAAGACAUCCACGGAAGACGGCGGCGGUUCACACUGGGCCUACUCCCUUGCCGGCCUCGACCACCUAGGCGAAGGCGGCAAGGAUGUCGAAGCUACGCAACUGAAGGAAAUUGACGAGGCACAGGAGGGUGUACGCGUCAAGAUGGCCGGGGGUGAAUACCGGGAGGAGGCCGACGCGAAGAAGAAACCUGCUGCCGCCGUAAUUGAUUUCCAGUGUGACCCCGACCGAUCUGGACUGGAGGGAUUGGCCGUUACGGAGGAUGAGGGUGCCGAGAAACGUCGACGAGAUGGCGAGGCUGCCAAGGAGCCGAGUCUUACGUUCAAGAGCUUCGGACCCAAUGACGAUAACACCUAUAUCUUGAAAUUGAAUUGGCGGACGAGAUAUGCGUGUGAUAAUUAUGAGGGUGGAAACUCGGGUUCCGGGGAUGGUUCGAAGCACUGGGGUUUCUUUACUUGGUUCAUCAUCAUCGUCUUCCUCUCCGUUGCUGCCUACCUCAUCUUUGGCUCAUGGCUCAACUACAACCGUUACGGUGCCCGUGGCUGGGACCUCCUACCUCACGGUGACAACCUCCGUGAUAUCCCAUACAUCUUCCAAGACUGGUUCCGCCGCGUGGUGAACACACUACAAGGGAGCGGAUCGAGGGGCGGAUACAGCGCAGUGUAA